AUGCAGCGCAAGGCCGCCGCCUUCGAGCCCACGCAGACCCCCGUCCACUCCGCGCUGGACAUGAGCAGCGAGGCCACAGACUUCGAGCGCGUGCCGCCCGACAGCAGCGGCGGCUUCGUCAAGAUCGGCGGCCCGCUGCCGGACGCGUCGGACCCGCGCACCAUCAAGGGCGCGACCAGCGCGCCGGGUAACGGCCACCGCCUGUUCUACCUGCGCGUGAUCGACUCGCGCAAGUGGCACUACUCGGAGACGUUCGCGCUGUUCCUGGACUUCUUCGUGCAGGUGCUGACCAUCUCGUUCACGCAGAAGGCCACGUUCCACGACGAGGUGGCGGCCAAGGCCUCGCGCCUCUUCUCGGCAGGGCUCAUGCUCUGCUACUUCAUCGACAUGGUCAUCCGCGUGCUCGGGCUGCGGCUCGCGCUCUUCCGCUCGCACUCGAACAUCGCCGACCUGCUGUGUCUGCUGGCCAUGGUCGUGAUCCUCGGCGCGCGCUUCGUCAUGGGCGAGAAGGAGUACUGGCUGUGCCUCGGCUACCUGACCAUCGUGGCGCUGCGCCUGAUCCUCAAGCCGCGCGCGCGCACCUUCUCCAAGAAGCUGCACAAGUUCCGCACCAACGGCGACCACAUCCGCGUGAGCAUCGAGUCGCUCCGGGCCUCGCUGGCCCGCAUCCCGGGCAUCUCGGCCAUGUCCAUCGAGAUGAUGGAGACGGACCUCGUCAUCAUCUGCGGCCGCGACGAGGGCGACAUGACGCGCGACGAGCUCAUGAACUUCCUCGAGCGCGCGCUGCACUACCGCCCGCCCAACCUCUCGGCCACCGAGUUCCUGUCGCACCUGCGCGACAUCGACGCGUCCUCGUCCACGCUGGCCUACGGCAUCAUGGACGUGGUGCGCAGUACGCUGUGGCACUGGUCCAACCAGAUGGCCGACCUCAUCUUCUGCUUCUUCGUGGUCUGCAUCAACGCGUCCGUGAGUCCGGCGCUCGCCAUCUUCCUGGCCAAGCUCUCGGACGCCUUCGACACGCUCGACUCGGGCAACCCGAACGAGUCCACGCUCAAGUUCGGCGUCGUGGGCGUGCUGGCCCUGUGUGUGCCCUUCGUACUGGGCGACUACGCGGUCGGCUACUUCCAGUCCAAGAUGAUUUCCAAGGCCACGGAGUCCAUGCAGUCGGCGCUGCUCAACAUCAUCCUGCGCCAGGACACGCAGUUCUUCGCCGAGCGGUCCGAGGGUGACCUGAACAACCUGUUCUCCAGUGAUGUGGCCCGCGUGAACUCGCUGUGGCAGGCCGUCUUCUGGAACCUGUUGAACCCGCUCGUGGCUGUCGUGUUCGGUUUUGGUUACGCCUUGUACAUGGACGUCAGCAUCGGAGUCAUGUCGUUCGGGUUUACGGCCGUGCUGCUCUCCAGUGGCCCGCAGGGUUUCGCAGCGCAGCGCUCGAAGGAGUUCGGCUCUCGGAACGCGUACGUCGCCGCCGAGUUCCAGAACGCCGUGGGUUGCGAGAAGGUUGUGCGCGCGUACGCCAUUCAGGACCCGCUGAUGACGCGCUUCAAGAAGACGUGCUCGGCGCUGAGCAAGAGUCAGUUCUCGAAGGAUUUUUGGUCGAGCAUUGUGCAGAUUUACAUUGAGUCGGCCAUGUACAUUUUUGUGGCUAUCAUGACGGCGUCGCUGGCGAUGAAGGUGUGGCACAAGGAGCUGUCUUCGGGCGAGUUUUUCGGCUUCAUCACGUUGCUGAGUCGUGUUUCGAACCCUGUGACGGUGCUGGGUGGCUUCAUGCGUGUGGCUAUCGGUAAUGCCAGUAGUCUGCAGCGUGUCGACGACAUUAUUGUGGGCCUGGGAUCGUCCAGCAACGAGGAGGACGGGGACAAGGACAUGCCACCACUCCCCAAGAUGGAGCAGGACCUCCGCGUGGAGAAGCUCGUGUUCAAGUACGAUAAGGCCUCGGAGAACUACAUCCUGAAUGAGCUCACUGCCACCAUCCCGCGCGGCUCGUACACGUGCGUGGUUGGCCCCUCUGGUUGUGGUAAGAGUACGCUGCUUGCGUGUCUGAUGCAGUUCCAGGACGCCGACGGCGGCUGCAUCCGUCUGGAUGGCCACGACAUUUUCAACUUCUCCAAGAAGUCGUUCAUGGACCAGACCGCCGUCGUGUUCCAGGAUGGAGGCAUCCUCAAUGGUACUAUCUUCGACAACAUUCGCUACGGUAACAUCAACGCUUCCAAUGCGGACUGCGAAGAGGCUGCGCGUCUUGCAGAGUGCCACUUUAUUGCCAACCUCAAGGACGGAUUCGAGACGGUUGUGGGUCAGCACGCCACGUGCAAUCUCAGUGGUGGUCAGGCCCAGCGUAUCUGUUUGGCUCGUGCUCUGUGCCGUCGUCCCAGUAUUCUUCUUCUCGAUGAAGCCACUAGUGCCUUGGACCCGGAGACUGAGGCGUCAAUUGUGUCAACGUUGGAGCGUCUCUCGAGCAAGAUGAACAUGACGAUUAUCUCGGUGACGCACCGCUUGUCCACGGCCCUGAACGCUGACCAGAUUUUGGUGCUGAACGCUGGACGUGUUGCGGAAGAGGGCCGCUACGAUGCUCUGGUGCAGAAGGGCGGUCUCUUCUACGAGAUGGUUCACAAGGUUGAGAAGCCCGAGGAGGAGGAGGAGGCCGUCCCUGUUGAGAAGCCCGACAUGGUGUCGAUGACCAAGAGCCGCCGUCGUGGAACCGCGCCACGCCGAAACACUGACACGAUCGGUGCCGCUGCCGUAGAACCCAAGCAAAUGCAGGACAGCGCGUUGGCAUUGCAACAGUUCACCAAGAAUUUGAGCUCGCGCGUGGUACAUGACGUUGGCGACGGCAAUCGUCCAGCUGGCACCACGUCGUGGUACCGCUACGGUAACCGGAACUCGCACCGCAGUCGCAAGACGAGCGAAGAUGGGUUGACAAACCGCCGGUCAGGUAACAACAGCGUGGAGGGUUCUCACUGGUAUCCUGGCACCCAAGACAACCGGGGCGCGACGUCGUCGGCUGCUAGCGAGGAAGAGCGCAACAAAUACUUCGUGCUGUAGAGAGCGCUCGUUUCUCACUUUUUCGUAUUUCGUAGCAGCAGUUGUCGACGACGUCAAGCAAGCGCCGCUGUCGAUGUCCGUUCGUACU